ACCACGGCGGCGGCGGCCAAAGCGCGCGGCGCGCAGGGCGGGGGCAAGGCCCGGGCGGUGGAGAUGGAGAACUCGCAGCUGUGCAAGCUGUUCAUCGGCGGCCUGAACGUGCAGACGAGCGAGUCGGGCCUGCGCGGCCACUUCGAGGCGUUCGGCACGCUGACGGACUGCGUGGUGGUGGUGAACCCGCAGACGAAGCGCUCGCGCUGCUUCGGCUUCGUGACCUACUCGAACGUGGAGGAGGCGGACGCCGCCAUGGCCGCGUCGCCGCACGCCGUGGACGGCAACACGGUGGAGCUGAAGCGGGCCGUGUCGCGCGAGGACUCGGCGCGGCCCGGCGCGCACGCCAAGGUGAAGAAGCUCUUCGUGGGCGGCCUCAAGGGCGACGUGGCCGAGGGCGACCUGGUGGAGCACUUCUCGCAGUUCGGCGCCGUGGAGAAGGCGGAGAUCAUCGCCGACAAGCAGUCGGGCAAGAAACGCGGCUUCGGCUUCGUGUACUUCCAGAGCCACGACGCGGCCGACAAGGCGGCCGUGGUCAAGUUCCACCCGAUCCAGGGCCACCGCGUGGAGGUGAAGAAGGCCGUGCCCAAGGAAGACAUCCACGCCGGCGGCGGCGGAGGCGGCGGCGGCGGCUCGCGGGCCUCGCGCGGAGGCCGCGGCGGGGGCCGGGGCGGCCGCGGCGGGGGCCGCGAUCAGAACGGCCUGGCCAAGGGCGGCGGCGGCGGCGGCGGCUACAACAGCUACGGCGGCUACGGCGGCGGCUACAACGCCUACGGGGGCGGCGGCGGCGGCUCGUCGUACGGCGGCAGCGACUACGGCAACGGCUUCGGCGGCUUCGGCAGCUACAGCCAGCACCAGUCUUCGUACGGGCCCAUGAAGAGCGGCGGCGGCGGCGGCGGAGGCGGAGGCGGCGGCAGCAGCUGGGGCGGCCGCAGUAACAGUGGACCCUACCGAGGCGGCUACGGAGGCGGCGGCGGCUACGGGGGCAGCUCCUUCUAG